CCUGAACGCAUGUCUCUGUCCAAUCUCCAGUCUCCAAUCUCCAAUCUUCAUUGAUCAGAAGACUCUACAGAGAAGAAGACGUCUCUGGGCAACAGGAAACUCCACUCAACGCAACAGAGCCCUACGACUGAGAAGAGAAACACUCGACCUUAGCAUCCUGAAGCGUAGGGUUUCGCCCCAAGCUAAAUGUUCGGAGAACAUUUGGUUCCUAGGUCAGCCGCUGUUUGAUUCCGGUUUUUCCUCCUAUAUAUAUAUAUACAUAUUUUUGCCCAAUUACACUGCAUAUAAGUGCACUAUACAAAUUGUCUCUGUCUCCAACCCUCUCCGUCUCUCUGGAAUGGCGAUUUCCUCUUCCUUCCGAUUAUUCUCAGCCAAAAUCCCGCAAUCUCUGCAUCUUCCCUAUCUCUCACUCUCCAAAACCCUAAUUUCGUCCACCUCAAUUCUCCCAAGAUUUUCAUUUUUCCGACCGAUUUCCAUCUCAUUUCAGAGGGUUCCUACCAAACCCUCAUCCUCAUCAUCGUCGCCCUCUUUGACCUCCGCUUCUCUGCAACCCAUUGAAGACCUCCCUCCAAAGCUUCAAGAAAUCGUCAAACUCUUCCAAGCAGUGGAAGAGCCCAAGGCUAAGUACCAACAGCUCUUGUUCUACGGCAAAAACCUCACCCCACUUGAUGCCCAGUACAAGACCACUGAAAACAAGGUUCAGGGAUGUGUUUCUCAGGUCUGGGUCCGUGCCUACCUUGAUUCGGAUAAGAACGUGGUCUUUGAAGCUGAUUCUGACUCGGUGCUCACCAAGGGGCUCGCGGCUUUGCUCGUUCAGGGACUUUCGGGCAGGCCGGUUGAGGAGGUUGUGCGGGUCUCGCCCGAUUUUGUGGUCUUGCUUGGGUUGCAGCAGAGUCUCACACCUUCGAGGAAUAAUGGGUUCUUGAAUAUGUUGAAGUUGAUGCAGAAAAAGGCGCUGGAGCUUUAUAUAGAAGCUAAAAGGAGCAGUGAGUUAACGGGUGUUGAGGAUCCGAAAGUGGGUGUGGCUGGGACCGGUGAAACUGGGUUGAAUUCAAAUGUCGAAAAGCCAGUUAGGACCUCGAAUUUGAGCUCUAAAAUUGGUGGUAUUGAAGAUUCCGUUGUUAGAUUGAGUUCUGAAGUGAGUGGUCGAGAUUCAAAUCUGGGAGGGGGUGCAACCAGUGAAACUGCUUUAGGGAGUAGGGGAGGGAGAAUUAAAGAGAUAUUGGAGAGAGCUCUUAGUCCUAUUGAAUUGCUGGUAGAGGAUAUAUCUUAUCAGCAUGCUGGACAUGCAGGUGUUAGGGGAAGUGAUGGGGAGACACAUUUUAAUCUCAAGGUAGUUUCAGAGGAAUUCGAAGGGAAGAGUUUGGUUAAGAGGCAUAGAGUUGUUUAUGAUUUGUUGCAAGAGGAGUUGCAGAAUGGACUACAUGCAUUGUCAAUAGUGGCAAAGACACCAUCUGAAGUUAGUGGUAGAUAAAGAACUGUUCUGAAAUAAGGCACUUUUGGAAUCCGGAAGGCAUCAAAGGAACAGGGAUUAGCUUCAACCCUCUUUUGUGCCAUCUUUGAAACAAAAAGUGAAGAAAAAGAGGUGCACUUAGCUCCUUAUAGAGCAGAAUGGAAGGAGCGGUUUAUUAUAACUUCACCCGGGGGAGACCCUUUGACCCCUUCCAUCUUACUUUAUCUACUUUCCACUUCCUGAGCUGGGGAUCCACUAGGCUAAAUCCUUGUUGAGAGGUCCAUAUGGGAGCUUAGAACAAGAGAUACCUGAGAAUCCCCACUAACAGACAUUGUUGAACCACAGAUAUCUGUUCUUCCUAUUCUAAUUGGAUUAUUUCCGUUUCUGUUUAUAUGCCAAUAAGAGAGAAUUUUAUCAAGGGAUAAAACGCUUAUGAAUAUUAAGCAAUAUUCUUGUCAGGUCGGCAUGGAUAAUGUCUGAUGUAGGAAAAUUUGCAGCUCAAUAACUUUUGUAAGAUUUCAUAAAUAAGUUUAGGCUUAAGGGCAUGCUUGGUUGCA